CUAAAAAAGAAUAAUCACAAGAGCCCUAAGCCCUCCCGCGUCGUUCCCCUUCUCUUCCUCUCCAAGCCAUCCCGAUCUCUCCGUCCGUACAAUAAUGGCGGCCUCCUUGGAUGAGGCGAAGGCGAAGAACAUCCUCCGCCAGGUGGAGUUCUACUUCAGCGACAGCAAUCUCCCACGGGACAAUUUUCUAAAGAAAACCGUGCAGCAGAGCGAGGAUGGAUUGGUGAGCCUGGCCCUCAUAUGUUCCUUCUCUCGGAUGAGAAGCCAUCUUGGUUUGAAGGCCGCUGUGAAGCCCGAGGAUGUGCCGGAGGAGACGGUACUGGCAGUGGCUGAAGUUCUGAGGAGAUCUUCUUCUCUCCGAGUCUCGGAAGAUGGGAAGAGAAUUGGCAGAAGUACUGUACUGUUGAAGCCAGAGGAGGUUAUAGAGCUAGUGGAUUCAAGGACUAUUGCUGCAUCCCCUUUGCCUUAUGAUGUUAAGCUUGAAGAUGUAGAGUCUUUCUUUGCGCAACAUGGGAAGGUGAACAGUGUGAGGCUACCUUGUCAUGUUGCAGACAAGAGGCACUUUUGUGGCACUGCCUUAAUUGAAUUUUCAGAAGAAGUUGAUGCGGAAAAGGUUCUGAAGGAGAGCAUGGUUUAUGCGGGAGCAGAGCUAGAAUUAAAACCAAAAAAGGAAUUUGAUGCUGAAAGAGAGAAAAAGAGGGCAGAAUUCGAAAAGAAUUGCUCUAACAAAAAUACUUCAAAUGGAAACUAUCCGAAAGGCCUAAUAGUUGCAUUUAAGUUGAAGAGGGUCCAAGUUGAUGAAUCUACAGAACAAAAAGAUGCUGGCAAGGUGACCAAUACCACUGAAGGUUGCAAGUCAGAAGUUUCAAAUUCUACAGGAAGCCUCAAUGAAGAGGGUGAACAGAAGAUAUUAGAAAAUGUUAAUAAGAAGGAGGAGAAAUCUUCAGAUGAUGCAUCUAAAAAUCACGUGCAAGAAAAUGAAGCAGUGGCUACUGGUGAUGCUGCCGAAGAGAGUAAAGAUGAUGGUGCAACUGGUUCAUCAGGCAAGACUGUAGUUACACGGGAAGAUCUGAAACAAGUCUUCCAGAAAUUUGGAAUUGUUAAGUUUAUUGAUUAUAGAAUGGGAGAAGAAUCAGGAUACAUUCGUUUUGAGGAUCCUGAUGCAGCUACAAAAGCUCGUGCAGCAGCAGUGCUUGCUGAAGAAGGUGGCUUGAUCGUGAAAAAUUAUAUUGCUACCUUAGAAGCCCUGACUGGUGAUGCUGAAAAGGAGUACUGGAACUUGCUCCGUGGUAAUCAGGAGAGAGUCAGGGAAAAUAAAGGCAGCAAAGGAAGAAGCUUUAAUCUGAUGUAAUGUCACAGGGGCAGAGGGGUUAGAAGCAGUAGAGGUGGGAGGCAUAUUGGUGGCAAGCGUACUCGCGAAACAGAUUCAGGUGUCAGGCAAUCUAAUAAAGCUCAGAAAGUUGAUGCUGCUGCAUGAGUUUCCAAAACUGCUCCUACGGGGAUAGCUCCUUGCAGAUGACUGAUUUUGCUUGUAGUCUUCUGCAAUAUAAAGCAAUUGAUCUCCCAUGGGUUUUGUGGGUAAAUGUCAUCAAAUUUAAAUAAGACAUUAGUGUGUGCUUGAUAAGACCCUAAGUUAUAUUUUUAUUUUGCUGUGAGCUAAAAGAUUGUCCUUCGAAUGGCAGUGAUUUUGGCUUCCCACGUUCUUGGGAAUGAUUUGGAUUCUUCCUUACCAAAUCAAUGUCAGUAUAUAAUUUUCUAAGACAUUUAAGGCCAUUGAUAACAUUGGUGAAACUAGUAAAUAUAUCUGAUAUUG